AGUUAUUCUUUUUAAACUCCUCGGGUCAACAUUUGUGUCAAAUAGCAAAACAUCAUAAUGGGCAAUCUAGCGUUCCCGCUGUCAGAACAAUGCGCGCGACAGUGACAAGUGCAGCACACUUCCAUGAGUAAUUCAUGUUUACUGCAGCCGUUCACUUCUUUAGUCAUGAUAUACUUAGUUAGAAAAUAUGUGCGGCCCAUAUCUUGUCGGAUCACAAUUUAGUUGAGAUAGCCUAUUGUGUAAAAAAUUAAUAACAGAUUGAUCUUAAUAUUAUUUGUUAUAACAACAACAACAUAACAUAGGCAUCCAUUGUGGUGUCCGUUGUUAACUGACACAAAUGUAAACUGAUAUAUGUUAUUAUGACCUUUUCGUUGAGAUGAAACCCCCUUUGUAAAAUAACCUGUGUUCGCGCGAGUUUUGGCAACAGAGAAGGCUCUUAAACAUGUCAGUCUAGCCCGGAGGGUGUUCUUCAAUCCCCCGCACAAAGCGUCUGGAACGCGUCUGAAUGCUCAUCCUGAUCUUACCAUAGCAACCCAAACUUUAUCUGUGUCAAGAGUCCAAACUGUUGAGCCAAAGACAAGCAGAUAUGGGUCGUGUGGGGGUAGCCCCUCGCUGUGAGAGCCGUGCAUGUAACCCCCGCAUGGGCAACCUAGUGCUGGGCCGCAGGGUCCUGACCCAAACCGUCUGCGGCUACAACGGCACCGAGCUCUAUUGCUCUUACUCCGACCCUCCUGCCAGCGGAAGCUGCACUCCUGCCAAGUGCACCAAGUGCAACGCUGCCUUGCCCCUACAGGCCCACCUGUCUGCUGCCAUGGCUGACUCCUCCUUCCGCCACCCCAACACCUGGUGGCAGUCUGCUGAGGGGGUGGAGUCAGAGACAGUGCAGCUCGACCUGGAGGUGGAGUUCUACGUCACCCACCUGAUUGUUGUGUUCCGUUCUUCCCGCCCCUCCGCCAUGACGCUGGAGCGAUCGCAGGACUUUGGGCGCACGUGGAAGGCUCUGCAGUUCUACACCCACGACUGCAACGCCACCUUCGGUCUGGAGGAAGGAACAGCGGGGCCCGACGGAGCCUUCUGCACCUCCAAAUACUCUGGAGCUUACCCCUGUACUCGAGGAGAGGUCAUCUACCGUGCACUCUCCCAAUGGGAGUCUCUAGACCCGUUCGGGGUGGCGGGCCAGGAGCAGCUGAGGGUGACCAACAUCCGCAUGCGUCUGCUGCAGCACCAGUCCUGUCCCUGCCAAGCCAAAGAUCCCAGCCACCUGGACAAGGCUCCUCCCACCAAGCACUUUGCCAUAUAUGACCUCAUCGUGAAGGGAAGCUGCUUUUGCAAUGGCCAUGCUGAGCAGUGUGUCCCUGCACCUGGCUACCGUCCCGUCAGGGACAGGACCAACCAUGUGGUUCAUGGGAAGUGUGUGUGCAGACAUAACACGGCAGGUGACCACUGUGAGCACUGUGCUCCACUCUACAACGACAGACCCUGGCAGCCCGCUGACGGCCUGACUGGGGCUCCGCACGAGUGCCACAAGUGUAAGUGCAAUGGGCACGCUCAGAGCUGCCGCUUUGAUUGGUCGGUGUGGCGUGAGACGGGCCAGCGCAGCGGAGGUGUGUGUGACUGUCAACACAACACUGAGGGACUCCAGUGUCAGAGCUGCAAGACUGGCUUCUACAGAGACCCCCAGAGACCAGUCACUUCCCCAGACUCCUGCAAACCAUGCAGCUGCCACCCCCUGGGGUCGAUGCCCUUUCACCUGGGCGGGAGCUCGCUGUGUGACCCCACCAACGGCGACUGCAUUUGCAAACCUGGCGUAGGCGGAGCCCACUGCGAGAGGUGCAUGGUGGGCUACUGGGGUUUCCAUGACUACGGUUGCCGUCCUUGUGACUGUGCUGGAGACUGCGAUCCUUUCACGGGAGACUGCAUGACAAGCUCAGACCUGGACCUUUAUAACCUGGAGGGAAACUCCAGUGAGCCGGCUCGGAUCUUCAGACCGGACGAGCUCUUCUCUGCCCUUCAUUAUUCAGAGAAGUGUGAAUGCAAGGAGCAGGUCCUGACCAACAGCAAACUCUUCUGUACCAUGAAGUUCGCCUAUGUUCUCAAGGUGAAGGUUCUGUCGGCUCAUGACAAGGGUUCCCAUGCUGAGGUGGAGGUGAAGGUCCAGAAGGUUCUGAGUCAGAACACCAAGGUGAAGAUUCAGAGGGGCAGAGUCACCCUCUACCCAGAGUCCUGGACAGCGCGAGGUUGCACCUGCCCCAUCCUAAACCCAGGUGAGGAGUAUCUGGUAGCAGGACAUUCAGACCGUAAACAGGGUCGUCUCCUGGUCAACAUGAAGAGCUUUGUUAAACCCUGGCGAGCCAGCUUGGGACGCAAGGUCCUCACGCUACUGAAGAAAGACUGCACUUGGUAGACAGAUGAUAGAGACGUGCAGAGAGAUAGAAGGAAAUAGAGAGAGCGAAUGACAAAAAGACUGACAUGGAUUUUUUUUUAUUCUUGGUUCUCUGAAUGGGGGAGUGGUCUCAUGAGGCCUUCUGCAGACUCUAAAUCUCCGCCCCCACCCUGCCCUGGGCCAAUAAGACAAUGAGGUUGCAAGAGGACUUACAAACUCUGCACGCCUGUCUUUCUGAGAGACUACACGCAUCCAGCACACACAUGCAUACACAUGCACACACACGUACCCCAUCUCUCCCUCUCUAGCACUUUAGCCCAGGACAGAUGGGCCACCAGUAGCAGGGACUUAUGGACUGUACCACAGGAAAUUCACACAUGAACAAUUCACACGUGACCCCUCUUGAACCGCAGGAUCCAUCCAGCAGUACAGAUGGAGGGCCAUGACUGGUGUUCCAUGCGUCCUGUUACAGUGAACCCCUCCACUAUUUGUGACAGAUACACACAUGUAUAAAUACACACAAUGAUGUUGAAAAAGCCAUACAAACCACUACUAGUGGUCUAGCUAGUCCAGUGUGUGUGAGUUUGAGGGUAAGUGGUUUAGUCCAGGUGAAUGUAUUUGUUUAUGUUUAAUAGUGUGUGUGUAUGCAAAGGUUGAGAGUAUUUGUGAAUGGAUGUAUUUCUGGAGAGUUCACAUUCAUUUGUUUAUAAUUUGGGCAGGAUAGCCUUGUGAGAUGCAGCUUCUCCUUCAUAGAGGUGGUUCUAAAUAAAACAACCUUCCAUGAAAAACAGGUUAUACAGUGGAGAUAAUACUGUAUAUUACUCUCAAUGCACAUUAUUGAGAGUUAUUAUUGUUGUUAUUAUUAUUACACUGUUACUGUGAGCUGCUGUGUAACAUCACUGUACAGAGAUCUGACAUUUCUCUUCUGAUCACCUUUAUUUCUUCCUUUGUGUUCCUGUACAGUAUUAUUUGUAUAUAUCUAUAUAAAUAUGAUGAUCUAAAUCUAUUUUCUUUCUCUGAUUAUUUAUUGGAAUACAAGGUAUGUAGACGUGAUUGACAGCUGUGUAUUAGGGGCACAUGUUUAUCUUUAUAGACUUUCCUCUCAGUGGAAUGUCUCCCCUCCUGGUAAAAUAACAUAGAUAUGUCCUAGACAAACAAACAAGACCCACAUACACACACUAUCAGAUACAGUGAGACUCUUGUUAAUAUAUUUUGCCUGGAGAGCCUUGAAAUACUUAAGAUAAACUUGACAAAAAUAUCCUUAUCAUCACAUACUCUUUGUUUCCCUUCCUUCUCACUCUGUCUCCUCAGGUUAGGUAAUACAUCGCUCCCAAAACUCAUGUAUUCGCACGGACCCCCAGAAUGUUGACCAUAACAGAGAGAGGUGGGAGAGCACACAAAGUGUUAGGCUUUAGGGAGCGUGUGUUUGCUGCAGCGUUCCCAAAGUUCCCAUCACAGUGACGUGGUUGGUCUGGAGGUGCUAAGUUAUUCCAGACAUGCCAGGUAGCUGAUGCCACUCUGCAUUGUGCCAGGUCAGAGGUCACACAAGGCCUGAUCAGGGAGAUUGGAAGAGGCAAGUUAAAUGUCAAGGCUACGGGAAUCUGGCCCACACAGACCCAAGCAAUUACUAUGGUCCUUACAAGGUUGGAGCUGGCCUUGGAGUAUAGACACAACAACAAGAAACCCGGGCCCACGGGCAGCUGUGAGACGGACCAAACUCACAUUGCUCCUCUCCACCACUUUCACUUUUUGUCUCUCUUUUUCUUCUUGUUUGCUCUCACACACAUAUUUUACCCAAUUCUACGUGUUCUCAGAUGAACAGUCCAUAUGUCAUGAUAAAUGGAAGUAAAACUGUGUGUGUGCAUAAGGGGUUAGAUGGGUGUGGGAAACUGGUUUAUUCAGAGGUGUUUGUAAUGGUUGUUAUGAGUAUGCAUUAUGGAUGUGUGUUUGUAUGUGUGUCUGAUAUGCUUGUGUGUAUAUUGUAUGGACAUGGUUUGUGUAUGGUGUGUCAGUGUGGACACAAUGCCCCACUUGUGUGCUAUAGAAUGGAGUUAUGGUCUUUGUUCUGUCAGCAUACUUGUCUUACCAUUGGCCCAGAGCAGGCUUGGGGACAAUAGCCCUCCCCCUCUACUCCCCGGAACCCACAAUACCCCUCUUGAGCACCCAGCACAGGGAGGGAGACCCCUGAAAUAAGCCAUGCUGUGGAACACACACCCAAACCUCUGCUGUGCAAGAGGAAGGACAAACUGAUAAAGAGAUAGAGUGGGAAAGAGGGGAAAAUAGAGGAGAGUUUCUUGUGAUUAAUGUAUGUGUAUGAGAGGGAGGCAGAAGGGUAGGUGGAAUUGGUAGAUAUGAACUUGUGUCCAGUACUAGCAUGGUUUAAUAUAUGUCAUGUGUUAUCCUUAUUACCCUUAUUAAUCAGUUUUGAUUAAGAGGAAAUAAAGAAAGGGGAAAACCCGACUAAAACCCUUCAUUCAUAACUGUCAGCAGUCACUCUAAAAACACAUUGAAAUACCAUCACUCUCUCUCUAAAACUAUUCACACUCUGACACACGGGAAUACUUCUUCACCAAAAGUACAGAACAAGCCAGAACAGAGCAGUGUUGACAUAG